AUGAGGGGUGCAGCAGCAGCGAGGCGCGACGGCGAGCGGCGGAGCUUUCGGUGGGCGAUCCUGGCGGUGGUGAUGCUGCUCCUCGCCGUCGGCGCCCUCUACGGCGCCGUGAUGUACAAGACGCAGCUGCGGCUUCAGGUGUGCGACGCCAAGCUGAUGGGCGGGCCGGUGGUGUACGAUCCCCUCACCCUCAACACCACCCUCCAAGGCCUGAGCAUCAACGUCACCCUCUGCUGGAAAUGA